AUGGUGUUGGAGAAGAAGUUUGCGUGGAAGCAGCUGGCGCCAUGUUUAGAUCCUUUCACCAUUGCCGCUGCGAGCAUGACGAAUCGAACUGUGCGGAGCUGGUGCGUUUCUCAAUGUGGCCUGCUCAUUGUGCCUUUCGUUUGUGUUGACUGUGAGGACUCAGCUGCAGAUCAGAUGAUUAUAAUGAUCAAAUCAUUGCCUGCCAUUGACAGGAGCGAGGUGAUUGAGCUUGCAAUACGGGAAGGUAUUGGUGAAGCUCAGAACCCAGACUUCUUCACCCUCUGCUUGGGCUGGCUGCUAGGGCCCUUCGUCAAGCUGAAGAAGCUUGACCUAUCUGCUUGGCGCGGGGACUGGGAUAGCACUCUUUGGAUGACGGUCUUGCGCAACCUGCAGCGUCACUCCGUUGCACUUGACAGCCUGAACUAUUACGGCUGCCCAGUACAAGCACUUAAGGUCUUGCCGACUUUCAGCAGCCUUCUUGAACUGAGCCUUUCAGUUCAUGAGACAUCAGGACAGUCUGCAGCUUCACUCCUUGAAAGCAUUGCAGAUUGCGGCACAUCCUUAUGCCGUUUGCACACCGUGAGAUUUGAGAUCUUUUGUGGACCAGGGGAUUCCGCCUCAUCACUCCAGCGUUGCUUGGACGCAUUUCCCCUCAUGCAUGUUUCGAUAGUCGACGAUGGCUGCGAUGAAAUAUUGGCAAAAAUCCUUUCCCAGAUUAGAUGGCCAUCCAACUGCUGCAUGGUUUCUCUGUCAGCUGAAUUUCCGGGUGAAGAACUCUGUGCGUUAGCUGAAAAAAUUUGCUGCAGUCGAGUUUUGGGGUUUGCCCUCCGGCACGGUGUAUUUGAUUCGUCCGGACUGACUGCCUCGCAUGUGCAAGAAUUUCUGAACAAGUUACAAUGGUCCGAGCUUGUGGAAUUCUAUUGGGAGCCUCCUCGGAAGCUGCUAGCAGUGGACGAUGAAUCUGUCCGGACCAGCCUCUGCGCUUUGGUCGACAACCUUUAUCCACUGCGCUUCCUCCAUGUCUGGAGGCCUAACGAAGGAGGCUUUGCAUCAGAAGAUCUGGCAGAAGUUGCUUGGAAGCGGGGAGUCGAACUAUCUUGUGAAGCUCGUCACCUCAUACACAUGCGAACCUGUAUAGGCUGCUGCGACUGUGAGUUUACAGGAGGAGGUCUAGUCUGA